AUGAAUCUAAGGAGUCCAAUACAGCCUUACUUGAGCAAUUCUCUUGCGAUACGUCAGGAAAUACAACGAUUUGAAAGCGUCCAUCCCAGUAUAUAUGCGAUCUAUGAUUUGAUAGAAGCGAUUCAGGAUCCACUCAUACAACAGCAAGUUCGCGAACAUGUUGUUUGCAUUGAAGAUUCUUUUGUGAAUAGUCAGGAAUGGACUUUAAGUAGAGCCGUUCCAGAUUUAAAAUUGGGUAUUCUUGGCAGUGUGCAAAGUGGCAAGUCUGCUUUGGUUCACCGUUAUUUGACUGGAUCAUAUAUGCAGGAGGAGUCACCUGAAGGUGGCAGAUUCAAGAAAGAAGUAAUGCUUGAUGGUCAGAGCUACCUUCUUCUUAUACGAGAUGAGGGUGGUCCGCCGGAGAUGCAGUUUACUCAAUGGGUGGAUGCAGUCAUCUUUGUAUUUAGCCUUGAAAAUGAAAUGAGCUUCCAGGCAGUCUACAGCUACUAUGCCAAGAUGGCACACUAUCGUAAUUCUACAGAUAUCCCCCUAAUUCUGGUGGGAACUCAGGAUGCCAUCAGUGAAAGCAAUCCACGUGUGAUUGAUGAUACAAGGGCCCGUAAACUUGCAACAGAUUUGAAAAGAUGUACAUAUUAUGAAACCUGUGCAACAUACGGUCUCAAUGUUGAACGUGUCUUUCAGGAUGCUUGCCAGAAAAUAGUUCAAACCAGGUAUCCCCAAAUCAUGGCAGCAGUGUCUGCAGCUGCUGCUGGAACCUCAACCCCAUCUUCUUCCACUUCCACAUUACCAAGUACUCCUAAUCAUUCACAAAGAAGUUACUUUCAAUCAAAACCUUAUGAUACCCACAGUACAAGCAGCCAAUCAACGUCAAGUUCAGGGACACUGGUGACUACGACAGGAACACCUAACAGCAGUGGCCAUAGCCUGGCUCAGAUUUCUGGCUCUUCCUCCAAGGAUUUGAUGUCCAGAGAGAAAGACAUGAGAGAGAAGAGCGAAAAAGGUGAACGUCGCCAGAAAGAUAAAUCCGAUGCUGGCCAACCUGGGGACGCACAGCUUUUAAUCUGUUCUUGUUUUUUUUUUUUUUUCUCUUUCUCUCCUCUUUUCUCUUUCUCUCCUCUUUUCUCUUUCUCUCCUCUUUUCUCUUUCUCUCCUCUUUUCUCUUUCUCUCCUCUUUUCUCUUUCUCUCCUCUUUUCUCUUUCUCUCCUCUUUUCUCUUUCUCUCCUCUUUUCUCUUUCUCUCCUCUUUUCUCUUUCUCUCCUCUUUUCUCUUUCUCUCCUCUUUUCUCUUUCAUUCAUAUAUAUAUAUAUAUAUAUAUACACACACACACACUACCACUCUAUCUUGCACUUUCUCCCCUUGCUCCUCCUCCUCUCUCCCCUACAAUGUUUGUCUCACUCUGUCCCUCCUACGCCCUUUGUCCCUCUCUCUCCCUCCUACGCCCUUUGUCUCUCUCCCUCCUACGCCCUUUGUCCAUCUCUCUCCCUCCUGCGCCCUUUGUCCCUCUCUCUCCCUCCUGCGCCCUUUGUCCCUCUCUCUCCCCUCCUGCGCCCUUUGUCCCUCUCUCUCCCUCCUGCGCCCUUUGUCCCUCUCUCUCCCUCCCUCGCCCUUUGUCCCUCUCUCUCCCCUCCUCGCCCUUUGUCCCUCUCUCUCCUCCCCUCGCCCUUUGUCCCUCUCUCUCUCCCUCCCUCGCCCUUUGUCCCUCUCUCUCUCCCUCCCUCGCCCUUUGUCCCUCUCUCCCUCCCCUCGCCCUUUUCUCUCUCUCUCUCUCUCUCUCUCUCUCUCUCUCUCCCUGCGCCCUUAGUCUCUCUCUCUCUCUCUCUCCUGCGCCCUUAGUCUCUCUCUCUCUCCCUCCUGCGCCCUUAGUCUCUCUCUCUCUCCCUCCUCGCCCCUUAAUAGCUCUCUCUCUCUCCUACACCCAUUGUCUCUGUCGCUCUCCCCUACGCCCUUUCUCUCUCUCUCCCUCUCCCUCCUCUCUCCCGCCCUCUCUCUCUCUCUCCCUCCCACCUACCACGCCUUCUCUCUCUCUCUCUCCCCCUCCUACCUACGCCUUCUCUCUCUCUCCUCCCCUACCACGCCUUCUCUCUCUCUCUCUCUCCCUCCUACCUACGCCCUCUCUCUCUCUCUCUCUCUCCCUCCUACCUACGCCUUCUCUCUCUCUCUCUCUCCCUCCUACCUCUCCCUCCCCUCUCUCUCUCUCUCUCUCUCCCUCCUACCUACGCCUUCUCUCUCUCUCUCUCUCCCUCCUACCUACGCCUUCUCUCUCUCUCUCUCUCUCUAGUCCCCUCUCCCUCUACCCCCUCUCAAUUUUGCACAAGUCAAACUCAUUCAGCGGAGCAAGUGACUUAAGGCAGCUUCCCACUCCAUCAAGCACUCCCAUUCUUGGUUGGAAAAACAAAAUCAAAUCUAAUUCUUUGACUGUAAGUCCCUCUGAGAUAGCUAGUCGUCAUCAUUCUCUUACUAAUCACACUAUGACUUCUUUCAAGAAUACACCUUUUGACAGUUUCUCUGGAGGCAUCUGGACGGUACCCCGCACCCUGUUCGCUACUACAACAGCAACAAAUAUGUGCCCCCGCCCCCCCGACCGGCCCCUCCCAAUCCCAGCUCUGUCCAGUCCAUCAUUGACCCUCUUGACUGUAAAUCGUGGCUAG